AUGGAUUGCAGGGUCCUAGGCGAGGUUUCAGAAAACCCCUACGUACUUUUGCUCAACGAUCUCUCUCUAAUUCCCAUUUCUCACUACUUCUUCGCCUUUCUCGCAUUCUCCUUCGCAUUUCUCUACCAUUUCCUCGAAUUCCAUUUCCUCCAAGACCUCUUCAAUGGCUUCAGAGGCAGCCCCGUCAGCUUGACCUACAAUCCCUCCUCCCCUAUCUACCAUGGCGUCGUUUCCAAGUGCCGGAUUCUCCAUGCCAGGUAUUUGGCGACGCCAUGGCUCUCAAGCCCUCAUUUUCAGACUGUUUUCCUCAGCUUCUUUGGGCGGCCUCCUGCUUUCAGCUACCGAAGAAAACUUUUUAAUCUAUCUGAUGGCGGAACUGUUGCUUUGGAUUGGCUACUGAGUUCUGAUGUUUCGGGAGGUGUUUUUAGCACGAACAAUACUAUUCCGAAAGGUGACACCACCCCUAUCGUGCUGGUGAUUCCUGGAUUAACCAGCGAUUCUGAUGCUGCUUAUAUAAAGCAUCUUGCUUUCAAUACAGCCAAAAAGGGAUGGAAUGUUGUUGUUAGCAAUCACAGAGGAUUGGGUGGCAUUUCAGUCACUUCUGAUUGCUUUUAUAAUGCUGGAUGGACAGAGGAUUUACGGACAGUUGUUAGUAACCUCCAUGAUGAAUACCCCAACGCUCCUUUAUUUCUUGUUGGAUUGAGUAUAGGUGCCAACAUUUUGGUAAAAUAUCUUGGGGAGGAUGGCGACAAGGUUCCUGUUGCGGGGGCUGUAGCUAUCUGUUCUCCUUGGGACCUUUUGAUUGGUGACAGAUUUAUAGGCCGUAGGCUGUUGCAAAAGUUUUAUGACAAAGCACUAACAACUGGCCUUCUAGGCUAUGCACAAUUACACCAGCCUCACUUUUUUCGCCUCGCUAAUUGGGAAGGCAUAAAAAAGUCACGUUCUAUUCGUGAUUUUGAUCAGCAUGCUACCUGCGUUGUUGGGAAAUUUGAGACUGUCGACACAUAUUACAGGCGCUGUACCAGUGCUAAUUAUGUAGGAAAUGUAUCGGUGCCGCUACUCUGUAUCAAUGCUUUAGAUGAUCCAGUCUGCACUAGGGAAGCCAUUCCUUGGGAGGAAUGCAGGGCAAAUGUAAAUAUUGUUCUGGCUACAACAAAGCAUGGAGGACACUUGGCUUUCUUUGAAGGAUUAACUGCUGCUGGUAUCUGGUGGGUUAGGGCUACCGAUGAAUUUCUUAAGAUUUUACACUCUAGCCAAUAUAUGCAUGUACAAAAGAUGGUGAGUUUUGGCACACAGUCGUCAUUGGACUCUUCAAUAGAUCAAGGUCCCUACGUAAACAUUGCAGAAGAUGGAAUGGUAGCAGCAGUGGGCAAUGAACAGGCGAAAGAAAAUAGGACAGAAGAUGUACUUGAACAACAAAAGACUCAUCAGAGAAAAACUAAUGAAAUGGUCUCAGGAGAACAAGAUGACCAUAUGAUAAAGCCAGAACCAUGCUUGGCGGAAAUUGUACAAUCCUCCGAACAAGCUACUAGAAGGAAGGAUUCUAAGCCCCUUGAUGUAAUUACUCCUGUUAGAAGAUGCUUAGAUCUGCUAUCCGAACGGAGUAGAUGGUCAUUCUGGUUGCUUGUUUAUGUUUCCAUUGUCACAAGUUGGCCAUUGGUUGGUUCUGCCCUUCAAAUUGUCUUCCGAAAGAAGCUCAGAAAUGCCUUCCCUGCUGCUUAG